GGCGCGAGUGUGAGCGCGCGCGGGAGGCGGGCGGGCUCCGGGAGGCGAGCGGCGCCCGCGGGCGAACGCGGCAAGCGGCGGGGGCCCAAAGUUGCCUCCUUGCGGGCCAGCGUCCCCAGCGGGGCGAGAGCCGGGGCCAGCGAAGCGGCGGCCGCCGACCCAGGCUCCGGCGGCACCUGGGCAGCGGCCCCGCACGAGCAGCAGCGGCGGGGGCGGCGUUGGCGGCGGCGCGCGGGAAGCGAACCGGAGCUCCGGCGCGGCGCGGCUGUCCGCCGAGGAUCUCCGCUCAGGUGCGCGGUGAGGGGCGCGCGCGGGCCGGGGCCGGGACGCCGGGAUCGGGGCCAGCUUGGUGCCUGCGCUAGCCGGAGGGUCUCCGCCGCGGACUCCCGGGUCCCUGGUCCAGCUAUCUGACCCGCGCCGCCGCCGAGGUCCUGAUCGCCCGUCCGGGCAAGCGGGCUUCGGGGCCCAACCCCGCCCCUCCGGCCCCCGGGCCGGGCCGCCCCGCCUUCCAGCCGCUGGUGCCCGCCCACGGCCGGCGAUUUCUAAGGCCCUGGCCGCGCCGCGGGGUGAUCCCUUCGGGCUCAAGUUGCAAGGGGGCGGGCCCCGGCCGGAGGUGGAGUCUCCCGCCAAUUGAUGCCUCGGCUAUAAAUUGAGCUCUCCGCACAGCCGAAGCCCAGAUGCCUCGCCAGGCCGCCCCGCGGUGGGUGGUGGGGGAAGGUAGGGGGUCCCAGGGGGCCCUCGGGGGCGCCGCCACCAUGCUGCGCUCCCUGCUGCUUCACUCCCUGAGGCUCUGCGCCCAGACGGCCUCGUGCCUCGCGCUCUUCCCGCGCUUCCUGGGCACGGCCUUCAUGCUCUGGCUGCUAGACUUCCUGUGUAUCCGCAAGCACUUACUGGGCCGUCGGCGCCGGGGUCAGCCGGAAACCGAAGUGGAGCUCAACAGCGACGGCGAGGAGGUGCCCCCCGACGACCCGCCUGUCUGCGUGUCCGACGACAACCGCCUAUGCACCUUGGCGUCGCUGAGGGCCGUCUGGCACGGCCAGAAGUUGGAUUUCUUCAAGCAGGCGCAUGAAGGCGGGCCGGCGCCCAACUCGGAGGUGGUCCUGCCCGACGGCUUCCAGAACCAGCACAUCCUCGACUACGCCCGAGGAAACCGCCCGCUGGUGCUCAACUUCGGCAGCUGCACCUGACCACCGUUCAUGGCGCGUAUGAGCGCCUUCCAGCGCCUGGUCACCAAGUAUCAGCGCGAUGUCGACUUCCUCAUCAUCUACAUCGAGGAAGCGCACCCUUCCGACGGCUGGGUCACCACAGACUCUCCCUACAGCAUCCCGCAGCACCGAAGCCUGGAGGACCGGGUCAGCGCUGCGCGCGUACUGCAGCAAGGGGCUCCGGAAUGCGCCCUCGUGCUCGACACGAUGACCAACUCCAGCAGCUCGGCCUACGGCGCCUACUUCGAGCGCCUCUACAUCAUCCAGAGUGGCACCGUUAUGUACCAGGGCGGCCGCGGGCCCGACGGCUACCAGGUCUCCGAGCUGCGCUCCUGGCUGGAGCGCUAUGAUGAGCAGCUGCACGGCCCUCGACCCCGGCGAGUGUAAACCACCAGUGGACACGUGACUGAACUUGGCGGGCCAUGCCUUCGAGCCUUCGAAGCCCACGUGCAAACAACCCUCAGACACAGUCAGGCUUGGCGUGGGCCCAGUGACACAGCUGAGCUGAGCCAUGCAUCGCCGUCUGAGUCUGCCCUCUCAGCCAAGCCACCUGAAGACUCUCUUGAACCUCCCCAGACUGCUUUCGACUGUCCCUCGCCUGUACUUGCUUGGCUUGCUCUAAAUCCCAUUCUGAGGGUGGAGGCAGCGCCGCCCUUGCCCGUGUGCCCCUGGACUUGUGCUCGCAGAGGCCCCCUGCCACGGCUCUCACACGCCCUCCCCAGAAGAGAAGAGCCAGCGUGCCUUGAACCAGGCGCGCUGGCCCGGCGCAAAGAGACUUAAGCUGCGCCCGCGCGCCCUGGGCGCAGCUGGGUUCCAGCAGCGCGAGCCGCUCGCCUUAGUUGCCUGGCACCCACACCUGUCGCGCGCGCGCGCAGGCGCGCGCGGGGAAGGGAUGCCCUGCUGCUUUUGUGUCUAUGUCUUGUUCCUGCCUUGGGAGAGGAUGCUUAGGGUGGGGAAGGGUGGGCAGGGUUAUUUCCCCUCCUUAUUUUGGGUGCUCGCGAGCCCCACUGCUGAUGACGAGCUGUCUCUAACUGGCCUCGACCACGAGCUGGUUCUGAUUUGCAGGAGGCACGCAGUAGCACCUAAAACAAGAGGGGAAAGUGCUCUGGGUUUCCAUAAGGAAACCACAUCAGCGGGUGGGAGAGGGAGGUUGGGGGGCUGCUUAGGGACAAAGGAAGACCGCUUAGGAGGCGGGGUUCACGGCGCCCCGGGCAGAGGGAAGGGGCCGGGGCUCCUGCGACCCGGGGUUCGAGUGGUGGAGUCCGGAGAAGAGAGAUGAAGGGAGAGCCAGGGAGCCCCGAAAGAGGGGUCUCCCAAGCAGAGCUGCCGACUGCGGGGCCGGAAGUGGGGGGGGGUGCCUGAUGUGAAGGCUAUUUAGUGAGUGUUUUGCUGGAAACGUUCCCUGUAUAUAAACUUCUUUUACACUACAAUAAUA